CCCUCUACUAAAUAGAAUCUACACGAAUACUGUAUUUGGGCUGUCUGUCAGUUUCCUGUGCAAACAGGUUUUAACAGCCUUACUCUUGCUCCAUAACGAAGGAGAAAUUCUGACAUCACUCAGUUGCAACCCAGUUAAUAAUAAUGUCAAACCAAGUCUUCCCCAGAUCUCCACAUCCUAUCCCAGAUGAAAAGACACUCUCUGAGGCUUAUGCUCUCCCCGUCCUCUCUGACCAGGGCAACCCGAUUCCAUUCGGCGACCUCAUUGCCCCGGGUGGCGAUGCGGUGACUGUCAUUGUCAUCUUCAUCCGCCACUUCUUCUGCACCUGUGACCAAGACUACAUCCGCUCCCUAUCUUCAGAUGACAGCACAUUAACGCCGUCCUCGCUUUCCACCCUCCCUCCACCACGGGGACCGGCCAAACUGCUCGUCAUCGGCUGUGGAGAUCCAUCGCGCAUAAACGCCUACAAGGCCGAGUCGUCAUGCGCCUUUCCCGUCUUCACAGACCCCACCUGCUGUCUACAUGAUAAGCUGCAACUGAAGAGGUCUCUGUCGCGUGGCUCUGAUCCUUCGUAUACGCAGAACUCGCUUUGGGGACAUAUAGGUCGGAGUUUGAGGCAGAUGGCGAGGAGUGGACUGGGUGCUUUCAGGGGCGGCGAGUAUAGUCAGAAUGGGGGCGAGUGGGUGUUUAGGGACGGCAGGUGUGAAUGGGUGCAUAGAAUGGAGGAUACGGUGGAUCGGGUUCCGGGGAGUGAGUUGAGGAAGAUAAUUCGGGGAGAUGAUGCGUAGAGUUCAAUAUUAUCUAUCCCCUGUAAGUACUAGGGAAAAAAGCAU